ACCAACACCCCACUGGAAAACGUAAAACGCUGUGCACCCCGCUCCCUGCUUCCACCUAGUCCAUCGUUCUACAAACAUCCAAGCGAGAGGAAAUCGCGCAAACCCGCUCGCACUGCAGCCGAACAAAACGCCGAAUUUCUGCAAAUAUUCAAGUGAAGUGCAAGCCCCGCUCGCCGGCUGAGGUCGUUAUUCGCGUCCGCAACAUUCACCGCGAGUUUCCCCAUCGCAGUUCAGUCUCAGACAAAGUCGUGUUGCGCUCAGUCCCGAAUCGGUUUUGCGGCUAACGCGGCAGUUUGGCAAGUUUUUGUGUCCAUCGAAACGGGGUCGGGAGUUCUCUAGCCAAGAGCCAAGCAGAAGUGCAGUGAAAGGUGCGAUUCGCCGCGAGCGUCCUUGCAAGAACUCUUCUUCCACGGCCGUCGAAGACCCGUUCCGUUGACUGGUACAAGACCCGCGGUCGUUGCUCCCGGCGCGAAGGAUAUGCCCGAAAGAAAGGCCGACGAGGCGUUUAUGGAAAAGAUCCGCAACCGCCCUUGCGAAAAGGACAAGCUUCACCAGAGUGCCUGCAUCGCGACCAUCCCCAGUAGUGGUAAUGUGUCUUCUUCGAUGACCUCAAGCGGCCAGAACACAAUCGACUCGCGAGCCUGCACCAGACCCGAGAAAAAGUUAUGGUUCCGUGGCGUAAGACCAUCGAAAUUUCGCCAUGUUUAUGGCCUCCCAUCACGGAAGGAAGCGUGCUAUACUGAUAUAAGUGUCGUACGAAACGGAAAUGAUGGGAAUAUUUGUGCCGUUAAUCCGAAAUUUUUGGCAAUAGUGGCCGAUGCAACGUUUGCUGUGAUACCAAUUAAUCAAACAGGGAGAAUCGAUUUUCAGUGCUGUAAGGUAAUAGGACAUAAUGGUAUGAUAACUGACCUAAAAUGGAAUCCAUUCAAUGACAAUGUUAUCGCUUCUGCAUCAGAUGAUUGUACAGUUAAAAUUUGGGAGAUCCCAAAUGAGGGCCUAUCGUCUAACCUCAGCGAAUUUACGGUCGAAUUGUUGGCACACAAGCGUAAAGUGCUGCAAAUCGAAUGGCAUCCAACAGCCAAUAAUGUUCUCUUUUCUGUGGGCUUUGAUCACUUGAUAAUUAUUUGGGAUAUUACUAAACCGCAUGAAAUUCUUAAGACAAUAAGUUGCCACACUGACACAAUUUAUUCGAUGGCUAUCAACAGAGAUGGGUCUCAUAUUGCAACAACAUCGAAAGAUAAGAAGGUUCGCGUGAUUGAGCCGCGAAGUGGAAUCGUUAUAUCGGAGGGAAUAUGCCAUUUAAGUACGAAAUGUACAAAAGUCAUAUUUCUAGACAACGAUCGGAUACUUACGACCGGGUUUUCCAGACAUUCGGAUAGACAAUACGCCAUUUGGGAUCAGCAUGAUCUGAAGAAAAGUCUUGCACAAGAAGUUAUCGAUAGUUCAAGCGGAGUUAUCACUCCAUUUUUCGAUUAUGAUACAAAAAUGCUAUAUCUGGCCGGUAAAGGAGAUGGAAACAUCCGCUACUAUGAAAUAGUGACUGAGGCGCCAUAUAUUUAUUAUUUGAAUCAAUUCUUAUCUGGGCAACCGCAAAAAGCUCUUGCAUGCAUGCCGAAACGUGGUGUAAACGUUAACAAUUGCGAAGUGUUUCGGUUUUAUAAAAUUCAUGCUGUUGGAAAUAUUUGUGAGCCGAUUGCAAUGAUUGUACCUCGCAAAUCAACCAUGUUUCAAUCAGAUCUCUAUCCAGAAACGUUAGCUUGUUUGCCAGCUAUUUCAGCUAAAGAGUGGUUCAUGGGUCGUAAUGCACAGCCGAUUUUAAUGUCCCUUGAAACGGGUCUUAAGAUUAUGAAUGCAGCCAAUAAGCAACACCAUAUUGACAAUAAAUACCUAAACGGGACAAAAUAUGAUUCAGCGGAUGAAGACAAAACUGAAAAAACUGACAGUAUUAAGAGUGACAACAACUCGAAAAAGUUCGCUUUUCUUGCCCAACAAACUGUUCCCGAUUAUCGUUCACAAACGCAAUUAAAUGAGAAAAGUCAAAAGACUUCAACCAAUCAAAGCACGAAGUUUCACCAACUGCAGGCAAUAUUUGGACACCAAGGUACCAACAUGAAGGAGAUUACCAAUCUACAAAAUAAUUUGAUUAGUUCACGGAGUAAUUCGCGAAAUAGUUCUUUGGAGAAUGUCAGUUUGAUUAACUCGGAAAAUGAGCUUCGUAAAGCCUAUAAUCGUCAAACGGAAGAAAUAAAGAAUCUACGCAAUCAACUAUCCAUUUCGGAGAAGCGAAUACGCGAGUUGGAAGCGGAAGUAAAGCGUUUACAGCAACAGACAAAUUGAAAAACAGGAAAUUCAUUUCAACAAUGCAAAAAAAACAAGUUAAGACAAAAAGUAAAAGACACAAAAACGCACCUAAAAAAAUCUCUCUAGAGUGAUGGAAGCUUUAUCAAUCACAUAACUGCCAAACUAGAAACAAACAAUACAUAUUUCAAUAAACCAUUGCUUAUUUUCGCUCUCAUAUUUUUAUAAAAUAGACAUAAAAUAAAAGCAGUUUUCUCUACGAGUUUCAUUUUGAAACUUGACAGAUGCAUACGUAGAUAUUCUGCAAGACUUUCUGAACUACAUACUCUCUCUUAUAUUUAGAACAGUUAUGAUCGAUAAUAGUUAGGACUUUGACAUGAGAAGCUAUUCCUGCUUUUUAUCUUUGACAUUUUGACCUUUCGAAAUGCAUUUAUGGCGCUAAAAAAGAAAGUCAUAGAAUGGUAAGAAACAAAGAGAAAUUUCUUAAAAGGGAAUAGAUUAUGAAUCUGCAAGUUAAGAUUGUGAUUUCUCUACAUUUGUACGUUAUUUUUAGAUAUAUUAUUUUAUGUGCUUUUAAUAUCCGCAAUUCGUCAUGUUUUACUCUUGUAGCAUGGCGAGCAUAUUCUGUAAGUUCAAUUUUUAAUAGGUUGAUUCCUUCUACUAAAUAGGCAAUUAUUGGUAAAAAUUAUUUAUGUUUACAACUUUUAUUGAUUCUUUAAUUAUUAAGUUAUUAUUGAUUAAAAUUAUGUUUGAUCUUUAAUCAUUUCCAUUUAUAAUGUUUUUCACAAAUGUGUUUAUAUAUUUUCUGAUUUCUGUAUUUUUAUAAAGGAUCUACAACAUUCGUUGCACAAUAUGGAGAAAGUAUCUUCUCCAUAAAAAUGAGCUCAAACGAGUAUUCUUUUCGAAAAAAACUAAGAUUGAAAUUCCAUUGUUAGUUCCGCAUCAUUUGUACGGCUCAGCCAAGAUAGAACUAUAAAAGACACUUGAAGAGUUUAGGAUUUUGAUUAGCACUUAGAUUCUUUUAGUUUUAUUAUAAACGAUAUCAUUACCUCUCUGAUAAAACAAUUCGCUAUGCUUUCAGCUCAAUUGCAUUUAAUAUUAAUUCCUCUCUCUUCAACCCUACUUAAUAUAUUGCAUUUGCUAACUAUCCAGUAAUUUUUAAAUAAAAGCCUCCGCUUACCACGUAAAUCACUAUGUAAUCUACUUUAAACAUAGGAGAAUGAUAAUCGUUUAGCAGUAAUACACAAUUCGCUGAGGGAGAAGAUAUGCUAUGAUAUGUAUUUAAGGGCUUUUUAUACCAAUUGAUACAAGCAAGUUAAUGUGAAAUGUAUGUGGUACGAUAAUAUAUUUUCUUAUGCGUUUAGAGACAACUUUAAGGUAUUAAUAAAAUUUAUUGAAGCAUUGA